GGCAGAAAUGAUGGAAGAAUUGCAUAGCCUGGACCCACGACGGCAGGAAUUAUUAGAGGCCAGGUUUACUGGAGUUGGUGUUAGUAAGGGGCCACUCAAUAGUGAGUCUUCCAAUCAGAGCUUGUGCAGUGUGGGGUCCUUGAGUGAUAAAGAAGUAGAGACUCCUGAAAAAAAGCAGAAUGACCAGCGAAAUCGGAAAAGAAAAGCUGAACCAUAUGAAACUAGCCAAGGGAAAGGUACUCCUAGGGGACAUAAAAUUAGUGAUUACUUUGAGUUUGCUGGGGGAAGCGGGCCAGGAACCAGCCCUGGCAGAAGUGUUCCACCAGUUGCACGAUCCUCACCGCAACAUUCCUUAUCCAAUCCCUUACCGCGGCGAGUAGAGCAGCCCCUUUAUGGCUUAGAUGGCAGUGCUGCAAAGGAGGCAUCAGAGGAGCAGUCUGCCCUCCCAACCCUCAUGUCGGUGAUGCUAGCAAAGCCUCGGCUUGACACGGAGCAGUUGGCACAGAGGGGAGCUGGGCUCUGCUUCACUUUUGUUUCAGCUCAACAAAACAGUCCUUCUUCUACGGGAUCUGGCAACACAGAGCAUUCCUGUAGCUCCCAAAAACAGAUCUCCAUCCAGCACAGACAGACCCAGGCCAACUGUGAUUUGAGACGGCAGAUUGAUGAACAGCAAAAGAUGCUAGAGAAAUACAAGGAACGAUUAAAUAGAUGUGUGACAAUGAGCAAGAAACUCCUUAUAGAAAAGUCAAAACAAGAGAAGAUGGCAUGUAGAGAUAAGAGUAUGCAAGAUCGCUUGAGAUUGGGCCACUUUACUACUGUCCGACACGGAGCCUCUUUUACCGAACAAUGGACAGAUGGUUAUGCUUUCCAGAACCUUAUCAAGCAACAGGAAAGGAUAAAUUCACAGAGGGAGGAGAUAGAAAGACAACGGAAAAUGUUAGCAAAGCGGAAACCUCCUGCCAUGGGCCAGGCCCCUCCAGCAACCAAUGAGCAAAAACAGCGGAAAAGCAAGACCAAUGGAGCUGAAAAUGAAACGUUAACAUUAGCAGAAUACCAUGAACAAGAAGAAAUUUUCAAACUCAGAUUAGGUCAUCUUAAAAAGGAGGAAGCAGAGAUCCAGGCAGAGCUGGAAAGACUAGAAAGGGUUAGAAAUCUACAUAUCAGGGAAUUAAAAAGGAUACAUAAUGAAGAUAAUUCACAAUUUAAAGAUCAUCCCACGCUAAAUGACAGAUAUUUGUUGUUACAUCUUUUGGGUAGAGGAGGUUUCAGUGAAGUUUAUAAGGCAUUUGAUCUAACAGAGCAAAGAUAUGUAGCUGUGAAAAUUCACCAGUUAAAUAAAAACUGGAGAGAUGAGAAAAAGGAGAAUUACCACAAGCAUGCAUGUAGGGAAUACCGGAUUCACAAAGAACUGGAUCAUCCCAGAAUAGUAAAGCUGUAUGAUUACUUUUCACUGGACACUGACUCGUUUUGUACAGUAUUAGAAUACUGUGAGGGAAAUGAUCUGGACUUCUACUUGAAACAGCACAAAUUAAUGUCGGAGAAAGAGGCCCGAUCCAUUAUCAUGCAGAUUGUGAAUGCUUUAAAGUACUUAAAUGAAAUAAAACCUCCCAUCAUACACUAUGACCUCAAACCAGGUAAUAUUCUUUUAGUAAAUGGUACAGCGUGUGGAGAGAUAAAAAUUACAGAUUUUGGUCUUUCCAAGAUCAUGGAUGAUGAUAGCUACAAUUCAGUGGAUGGCAUGGAGCUAACAUCACAAGGUGCUGGUACUUACUGGUAUUUACCACCAGAGUGUUUUGUGGUUGGGAAAGAACCACCAAAGAUCUCAAAUAAAGUUGACGUCUGGUCAGUGGGUGUGAUCUUCUACCAGUGUCUUUAUGGAAGGAAGCCUUUUGGCCAUAACCAGUCCCAGCAAGACAUUCUGCAAGAGAAUACUAUUCUUAAAGCUACUGAAGUGCAGUUCCCGCCAAAGCCAGUAGUAACACCUGAAGCAAAGGCAUUUAUUCGACGAUGCUUGGCCUACCGAAAGGAAGACCGCAUCGAUGUCCAGCAACUGGCCUGUGACCCCUACUUGCUGCCUCACAUCCGAAAGUCGGUCUCCACGAGUAGCCCUGCUGGAGCUGCUAUUGCAUCAACCUCUGGGGCAUCCAAUAACAGUUCUUCGAAUUGAGACCGACUCUAAGGCCACAAACUGUUCAAUACACACAAAGUGGACAAAUGGCAUUCAGCAGCGGGUUUGGAACAUAGCGAAUCCAAAUGGAUCUCAUGAAACCUGUACCAGGUGCUUUUAUUUUCUUGCUUUUUUCCCAUCCAUAGAGCAUGACAGCAUCGAUUCUCAUUGAGGAGAAACCUUGGGCAGCUCUGGCCAGGCCUCGUAGGAAAAGGCCCCGCCCGAGGUUCCAGCGUCAACGGCCACUAUGCGUGGCUGCUCUGAGUGAGGAAAAAAUUAAAAAGAAAAACUGGUUCCAUGUACUGUGAACUUGAAAACAUGCAGACUCAGGGGGGUUCCCUGAUGCAAUGCUUCAGAUGAAGAAUGUGGACUUGAAAAUACAGACUGGGCUAGUCCAGUGUCUAUAUUUAAACUUGUUCUUUUCUUUUAAUAAAGUUUAGGUAACAUCUCCUGAAAAGCUUGUAGCACAAAGGCUCAGCUGGGGAUGGUGUUUGACUUCGGAGGAAAAAAGUUGCUAUUGCCCGUUAAAGGCACUAGAGUUAGUGUUUUAUCCCUAAAUAAUUUCAAUUUUUAAAAACAUGCAGCUUCCCUCCCCCCUUUUUUAUUUUUAAAAGAAUACAUUUGGUCAUAAAGUGAAACCCGUAUUAGCAAGUACGUGGCAAUGUUCAUUCCAAUCAGAUGCAGCUUUCUCCUCCGUCUGGUCUCCUGUUUGCAAUUGCUUCCCUCAUCUCAGUAGGGAAAAGAUUGAGUGGGAGGACUGAGAUGUGUGGGUGUUUGCCAUUGGACAAAGAAUGAGGUUGGAAGACUGCAGCUUGGAGUCUCUAGGUUUUCAACUACUUCUUCACAAUUUGAACACUUGACGGUUGUCCCUUUUAAUUUAUUUGAAGUGCUAUUUUUUUAAAUAAAGGUUCAUCUGUCCAUGCAGUCCUCUUGGAUUCUCUGAAUGUAGUAGCUAUCAAAACUAUUCCAAAGGUAGCAGAAAGUGGGCUGGGAAGCCAGAUGCUCCAGGGACCAGUUGUUCCUACCCCUAGUCUCUGUGUGCUUGCUAAAUGGUGUACAUUUCUUGUUAACCACAUUAUUAAAACUUGAUCAGCACAUAA